AUGUCGCUCGCAUCAGGAGUCCAAAUCCAAGAUGAGUGCAACCUCGCAUUCCAGGAGUUCAGCCGAAGCCACGGCAAGAUCAAUUUCAUCAUCUACAAGAUCGCCGACAACAAGAAGGAGGUUGUCGUAGACACCAUCGGCAAGGACGAGCCGGAUUACGAGGUUUUCCGCAACAAGCUCGCCGAGGCCAAGGACAGCCUGGGCAGACCUGCUCCUCGCUUCGCUGUCUACGACGUCGAAUACGAGCUGCCCGGCGAGGGCAAGCGCUCCAAGAUCAUUUUCAUCUCCUGGGUGCCUAGCGAAACCCCCACUCUCUGGUCCAUGAUCUACGCCAGUACCCGUGAGAAUCUCAAGAACGCCCUCAACGUCGUCACUUCCAUCCACGCCGAUGACAAGUCCGAUAUCGAGUGGAAGACAGUCCUGAAGGAGGCCAGCGGUGGCAAGGCAUAG